AUGGCGGACUCGCCGGCCGGCUUUAUCCGCACCCAGUUCAACCGCUUUGUGCUAGGGGGCUACCGUCCCCUACAGUCAGUAGGAGAGUGUGUGCAAAGCCUGUUCUACCUUCACAAUGAACUGUUCAACAUCUUGUCACAUGGUCUUCCCAUCCUGUUCUUCGCCAAGUACGCGACAGACGACCAAACCUGGUCCCAGAUCUCGUACAGCUGGCUGGCGUACCUGAACUACGCUGCGUGUCUGUCGCCUCACCUGGGCAGCGUGGCCUAUCACCUGUUCAUGAACCACAGGUCCGGCGCGUGGGCGUACUUCAGACUACUGAAGCUGGACAUGUGUGGCGUGUGGGCUGUUCAGACUUUUGGUGCCUUGACAACAAUCUAUGCAACGUUCUACUGCAACAAACUGCUCCAAGCCUCAAUGAUGACCAUUUACAUCCUGGUCUCGUCAUGGACAUUAUACGAAGCCGUGCACGCUACAUCCGUCUACAAGCGAAUGUGUUCCUUUGCCGUGCAAGUCGCCAUUCGCCUCUUGACUCUCCUAGUCAGACUCUCGCCUCUCGGAUACGGAAAUCCGUAUUCUACUAAACACACUUUCCUAAUGGACGCUAUUGCUAUUUCUGGCGGAGUUAUCAAUCUAUUGCGGGUACCUGAACGAUUUUGGCCUGGAAAAUUUGACUACUUUUUGAAUAGUCAUAAUAUAAUGCAUAUUAUGACUACGAUAGGUGUGUUCCACAUGCAUUGGGGUGCUGUGGGGGAUAUAAUCUGGGCUUCUCAGUAUCAGUGCAAUGUAUAACAAUGAAAUGUAAUAAGGUUGGUACUUUUAAUAUAUAUUAGCAUAAGUGCUACAAUUAUGAAUUCAGAAUUUAUCAGAAUUCUAUUGCCUUUCUAUACUGGUUUCAUAACUCCAAAAACGAUUUUCCCUGCCAUUGUGAAUUAUUAACAUUUAGGUUAUCCAUUUGAGGACAUUCCGGUUUGGGCCAAUUUGUUUGUAGGGGUCAUGUAUUUUAUAUCCACCCACCUUAAAUCAGUGGGACCACAAGGGAAAAUUGGUGAAAAAUUCCCAAAGUUGCUGGAAUUAUUUAUCGCAAACAAACUCGUAUAGAUUUAGAAACCUUGUAUUGAAUGGAAAUCUACCAAGCCCAGCUUGAAAAAUAUAAUCAUUGUGAAUGUAAAUUUAUAAUGUAAGUGGAAAAAUUGAAGACAAAUUCUGUUGUAGGAAGGUGAGCAAAGCUAUGUGGUUAGAUACAUUUUAUUUUAUGAAAAAUCAAAAUUCUAACUUAAAAAUCAAGAUUCAUGAUGCUGAAAUAUGCAUCAAAUACUGCUUAAUGGGGAAGUAUUCAUGUGUAAAUUUUUAUAUGCAAAUGAUUUAUAUUCAAUUUGAUACAAUUUUAACUACAACACAGGUUUGUAAAAAAGUUGUACUUCUAUUAA